AUGCAGGCUGUACGCGGUUGGACCGGGGCUUUAGCCCUAGUCUGGGCGUUUCUGCAGUGCUCGAUCCCUGUGGAUGCAGAUAGUAACGACUUGGACAGCAACGAAAUCUUCCUGUGCGGCUUUCGGCCUCAGAAGGACUGUGAAUUUGAUUCCGAUGCCCGCUGUCAGCUGUUCGAGGCUGACCUGUGCACCCGCUUCCAGUCCAACGCCUUUGAAGAAUUUGGCUUGCAGGAAAUCUUUGCCCUCAUCACACAGGACGAGGAUGACCUCGACGUCUUUAGCUUUCGCAUCUUCAAAAACAGCGACUGCACCGGUGAUCCUUUUGGCUUUCGUGUCGAGCAAACCGAUCUCAGAGUCGACGACUGCUCUCCCCUCAGCCUACCCUUUGUUGGCAACCAAGCCGACUUUCUCUUUGCCCGAGCCUGCCCCAUUUGCGUCAAGCAGGCUGCCGGUGGCAACCCUGAACCCGCUGGAUUUGUCACCAACGAUAACGUGACCGCUUUUCAUUGGCCCCGGCGCUCGGGCCUGUAUUUCACUGGCAACCAGAACUCUGAUCCCUGCCCGCUGCUCAAUGGUGGCAACAUGGUUGAUUUUGAUGUCGACGGCGUCAUUCUGCCCGCGGACAUGCCGCCAUACGUCUGGUCCCGCUCAAACAGCUGGUCGCUUCUCCACACCCCGCCCGGCGUGCCUGCCACCGUUCUGCGCAACGUCUAUUGCCUCCGUCCGUCGGUUCUGAAUAGUGCUCGCCGCCGUCGCGACGAAAUCGUCGACCCUACUGAAACAAUCAAGACAACUGCUGCCGUGCUGCGCCUCACCAGUCAACGCUCUCUGACUCUCGACAUAUCGGACAUGGUGUGCGCCACCCCCAGCACCUACAUUGAUUAUUCAACCACGCAAGGAGCCGGUAGCUUCAGCACGAGCCUUGAUGCUGAUACCGCCACGCUCACCGUCAGCUCGGCUUCUUCAACCAUCAUUUGGCUUCGCUUUACUGCCUUUUGCCCAGGCGUGUUUGCCCACGCCGCUGCCACCUACGUUCAAGGCGGCCAGUAUAACAGCAUCAUUGCCCAUGACACACUAGCGGUAGCUCUGGAGACCCUGGCGGCCAACCAUCCGCUUGCAUCAACACCGGUGCUCUAUGCCGCCGCCUUUCCAGCCGGAACCAAUACCAUGGGCUACCAUCCACAGGCCGAGUCACUGGAACUUUCUGCCAGCGUCGGAUGCGACUUAUCCUUUGACUUCCCAACCUGGGUGGGCCUGCCCAGCGAUACGGCCUUUGCCUCCUGCGCCCUCAGCACCCUCGCAGCGACGUUGACCACUUCUGCCAUGUUGACUAGUUCCAGCCCCGUGGCUUACCCACUCGCAGUGGCCGCAGAUGCGGGCCCCCGCCUUGAACAAGAUUUGCGACCCGUGGUGACUGCCAGCGGCGCGGCCCUAUUAUCCAGUCGCCACUACACCCUCUGCCACAGCUCCUUUGCACUAUCCCUCGUCGAGUGGCGUGCCGCACCCUUUGAUGCCGAGCAGCUGUGUGCCCCCCUGGUACUAGACCUCUGUCUACCCGGCGACUCGCGCGUCGUUCGUGCUCUUGGCGGCUACACUCAAGCCGUCACCAACGUUACAUACAUCCGCCUCACCCAAGGCAGCACUGGCACGCAUCGGGUCCUUUUGUACCAUGCCAGCUAUUGCCGUUCCGGCCCCGCCGAUGUUGAGCUUCAGUUCGCUCCUCAACUACCAGCUAUCAACGCUUCAGGAAGCGUGGCAGGUGCCUGGUUCUUGACCCAACGACGCUUGCCAGCCCAAGACCUGGUUGGUGAGGGCUUGGAUGUUGGCCAACGUGGCAUGCCUUUGCGUGAUUUUCCCAUUCCUGCUAUCCCUCUCGAUGACCCGGCUGUGCCUGUCUCAACCCGACUUGUGGCUGUCACCCGCCCCAACGGACUGUUGGGUCGCAACGACUUUUUCUUGCCCAUUACGCCCGGGGCCACCAUUGCCAUGGCCUUUGAGCACCUGAACAGCAGCAGUAGCACUGUGUCCCAAGUGCGCUGCAUGGGGCCGUCUAGCAGCUGCGAUAUGGCCUGGCCCUACCGAAACCUGGCCAUAAGUCCCAGCCUUCCUGUGGGUGAAGCCGCGAUCGUGGAGUGGAGUGGGUUUGCGCCUCUGUCCAAGACCAAGUCCGUUCUCGCCCCCCAGCUGGAAGAGGUUCUCUUUAGUGGAGGUCAUGCUGUUUUGAGUCGCUGGACCAAUACGAUUCCCGGAUUCGAUCCGGCCGAAGUCCGUCUCAAUUCAGUUUUAGUGAGCCCCUUACCCACGACCUGCGCUGCCAUUGACCCGGCCUCGUGUGUCCACGCUGGAUGCGCACUUGCGUGGGACUUGACCCGGUCUGCAUGGGGCUGUCAGAACCCGGCCCAGGCCUCGAAUCGACGCACACACUUUUAUGUGUCCGGCGACACCCACUUCUGGCAACAGGGAUGGGUGGAUGGCCGUUCAGCUUGGCAUGGCCGCGCUGAUGAGCUCUUGUUACCCAGCAACGACGGCACCUCUGCCAUUCUGGUCGACAUCCCCACUCUCCUGUCCUGGUCCCCAACCAUCUUGGAGGAGGCACAAAGCUCACCCGUGCCUGGUGUCCUUGGUCGCAUCCAUUCUUUCAGUACCACCUCGGGCUCUUUGAUUUAUAACAGCUAUGGUGUUGCUGUCGAAGUUCUAGCUGUGGGCUGCCCCAUUCCCGACGUUCGGUACUAUACAAGCACCGACACGCUGUUCCUGCUCUUCGACUUGCACUUUCUGUCAACAUACACGCUGUCCAUUGACGGCGUGGAAGUUGUUGAAGAGGAGUGGCUCGCAUCGAAUCUCUCGCCGGGUUCCCAGCAAUCUUUCACUUUCUUCAUCCAGAACCCGCGUUGUGGCAGCUCGUCGCACACCUUUAGUUUUCCGUUGCUUGUGCCACCGUCCAUCGCUUCAGACCUGGUCUUGACCGGGGUAGCAUACAACGUGGCAGAAGCACACUUUGCUCUCAGCAUGCCGGUGGCCUCGGUGUCUGCUUUUGUGAUCGAGGUGGCUCUUUUAUCGUCUGACGGAUCCGUGCUGCGCCCUGCCUCUCUCUUCUCCUUUCCUGCCGGUCUGGACGUGGAUGCCGUGAACCCUGGCUUGCGGUCUUGCCUCGUUGACCACCUCGCCAAUCAUUCACAUCAUGUCGAUGCGUGCUCGGCCCAAGGCAUCUUCAACUAUCGCUUUCGCUUUACCCUUGCCCAACUACGCGGUGCUGCACAAGUGCGAGUCAUUCUUCGUGACCGUUUGAGUUUGUCAGCCUUUGCCACGGCCUCGGCCUUAACCGCUGCCGUACCGGCCCUGGUGGAGCCCCAUGACUUGAGUGCUGUGAAGAAGUUGGUGGUGCAGCGUGAUCCAGCCAUGAGCCGCGUCGACGUUGGCUUUUGGCCUGGUGGAUCUGGUGCGGAGAGCGGGUAUCUGUUGCGCCUCAUAGCUGCAACGGAGUAUGGUGAGCGGCUCGAGCGGGAUGUAGUCACCCUGAAGCCUGACCCAGUCCCCAGCUCGGGUGUAGUGCAGACCCUCUACGUGAACCAAUACACUCGUUAUCGCUUGACUGUGUUUCCUUUGGCGCCUGGCUUCACGUGCGUGGCUCCGUCGGCGUGCUCCGUGCUGCGUGUGCCCUUGGGUGAGCUCAUGGGACCUGCGGCUGAGCAAGAGUUUAGCAUGCUCGAGACUAUUGCGGCCAUCUCGCCUGCCAACGACUCGGUGACAGUCGAGGAGGGUAGUCCCUACGAUACUCUGACCGUUUCCAGCGUGAGCGCCUUCAACGCCACGCGCAUGUGGAUGACCGUCAACUCCAACAACGAGACGCAGGUUGCAGGCGUGCUGCUCGAAUUUGACCCCGCCUCGCAGGAACUGAACAUUGACGGUCAGGCCGUGCUCAAGACAACCCAGGAUUACGACCUGGAGGAGGUGAGCCUGGCUCCCUAUGCCGUGUACAACGUCAGCAUCUCCCCCGAGCUAGGCAUCAAGAGGUGCUUCUCGCCGGAUAUUGUGUACCGCGCAGCGUCUCAAAGCCCUGCUCAGCCGGACCGCAUACGCGCUCUGCGCUUCCAGUCGCACAGCAUUCAUGCCAGCGUUCCGGUCUCAUACCCUGCCAAUGGGCCCGUGUUGGGUCAUAUCAUGUCCAUCUCGGCCACAAGUGGACGAGGCUUUACCAUGGAUACCAGUGCUAGCACAGAUGACGAAAGCGGCACUGGCGAUGAUUCAACGGUAGAUUUCACCUGCCGCUUGUCGCACAGCCUCAACGUGCGCGAGGAUGUUUACAUUGUCGUGGGCCUCAACCGUAGCUAUCACUUUAACGUUUCGCAUCAGGUUGUCGGACGUGGGAACUCCCAAGUGAGCGAAGGCAGCAACCAGGCCGAGUUGGGCGAGAUUUUCAUAAACACGGCGCGCAGCAGCGCAUCGAGUGGAGCUCAGCAGCGCGUGGCCUCUUCCGUCAUGCUGGGUGCCCUCAUUGCCGCUUUUGUCAUGGCUUUGGGUACCAUCUUUCUUGUGCACUUUUUGGUGGAUCGUUGGUCGGCCGCCGAAAAAGCCACUGUCCUGGAUGAACUGGAAGAACAGAUUGAAGAGAUGCUGGCAUUGCGCUUUCCUGCUGUCGAGGCCGCUGGUCAGGUGGAGCUUCGGGAUCGUAUUCUUGAGCGCUCUUCUAUCGCGCUUCGUGCUGAAUUGUCUCGGAGUGCGUUUGGGGCUCUGCGCGAAGGUGCCAUGCAGAACACGGCCAAGACGUUUGAGGGACAGGCCAAGCUGGUGGUUUGCAGCAUGGGCGAAACGGUGCCAGCUCGGCACAAGGCGCUGGUUUUGGCUGAAACUCGCGUGUUGGGUAGCCUCGAGCAUCGCCAUAUCAUGCAGCUCUUGGGUGUCGUUGUGGCUGAGCAGCCAACGCUAAUUGCCUGGCGGUGCGAUUGUGAAGGGACGCUGCGAGACCUUUUGCGCAGUGCCACCCGAGAAGCCGGGGACGCCGAGUUGGCACUGCCACUGGUUCACCGCUUGGACUUUGUCGUGCAGGCUAGCCGUGCGCUGCAAUACCUUCAUUCGUGUGGAAUUUCACACGAAGCGGUGGCUGCCAAAAAGUUCUUCGUCGACGACAGCCGCAGUAUCCGCAUCGCUGCAUUGGGCCGGCGUGGUGGCAACUUGCAGCACCGUGCCACGCGUGAGCGCUCCUUCUCCGUCAGUUCGGUUCAGUCAGGCUUUGACAAUUUGGAGACGUCGCGCCAGUUUGACACGGAUGUCAUGCAAUGGAUGGCGCCUGAAGUUUUGACGGGCCAGACCGACCCGAGCUUUGCCAACGAUGUGUACAGGUUGGGUAUUUUCUGGUGGGAGAUGCUCACU